UGGGAAAGGAAAAUAAAUAUAAACCGAAUGCCGAAAAACCAACCAAACCAACCAUCGAGCGGUACUUCGGCAAGCCCCUCCAAGAGCAUCAAGUAAAAGCUACAGGUGCGUCUGCGGAAGGAGACAAGGUUACUCACCCUCCGUAUGGAGGUCCUGCCGCCUCUGGCUUGCAGAAGCAGAAGCAGGAAGAGGAGCAAGGAGAAUGGCAGACACAGGGGUGUCAGAAGAGGCGCGAUAAGGCCGGGGAAGGCUGGGGCGGAAAGCAGCAGCAGCAGCGGCAGCAGCAGCAGCGGCAGCAGCAGCAGCGGCAGCAGCAGCAGCGGCAGCAGCAACUUCCACAACAGCGCGGACAACACCGCGAUCCUAUAGAAAAACAGAACCAGCAACAGCAGACAGUACAACGGCGUCUUCAGGGCCACAAUGAACAACACCAAGGAGGCUCCCAGUGCUAUGGUCCACCAAAACCGCAAGACGAACUCCCAAAAUGGCCAAGAGCCCAGAACCGAGGUCUGCCUCUGCAGCCUCUGCAGAAUCUGCAGAAUCUGCUCCCUCAGACCCAAAAAGUGGUGCCGCCACUCCCAGCAGCCACCAUGAAACGUGGAACUUUGGGAAAACCAGGUCAAGUAUCUGUUAAUUAUCUCGAAGUUAACUUGGAUAAAAUGCCUGCGGUGGCCUAUCAGUACGAUGUGAAGAUCACGUCAGUAUGUCCUAAGAAGUUCUAUCGUCAGGCUUUUGAGCAGUACAGAGUUGAACAUUUGGGCGGUGCGAUUGCCGCAUAUGAUGGACGUGGAUCGUGCUACUCAGUUGUGAAACUAAAAUGCAGCCCCCAGGGCCAAGAAAUGAAGGUAACAGAUCGCCACGGCCGUACCUUGAAUUACACUGUGGAGCUCAGGAAGACACAGGACUCGGAAGUCGAUUUGAGCUCACUAAGAAGCUACAUGAAGGACAAGAUUUAUGAUAAGCCCAUGCGAGCCUUGCAGUGUCUGGAGGUUGUGUUGGCGGCUCCCUGUCAUAACACCGCUAGACGCGCCGGUCGCUCCUUCUUCAAAGGGUCUGAUCCCGGAAACACCUUUGAUCUUAAAGACGGCUACGAAGCUCUGGUUGGGCUCUAUCAAACAUUCGUGCUUGGCGAUCGCCCGUUUGUUAAUGUGGACAUAUCACACAAGGCCUUUCCGAAGGCCAUGUCGAUCAUUGACUAUAUAGAGCAGUAUCAGAGGCAGAAAAUUGACAAAAGCACAAAUCUUGACUACAGGCGUUCUGAUAUUGAGUCAUUCCUAAGUGACAUUAAUAUAAUUUACGACCCGCCUGCCUGUUUUGGCAGCGCCCCUCGCGUCUUCAGAGUCAACGGGCUUUCCAAGGCUCCGGCUAGCACUCAGACAUUUGAGCUGGAUGGGAAAGAAACGACCGUUGCAAAGUACUUCAAGUCUCGGAAGUAUGAUUUAAAGUUUCCGAACCUUCUCUGCUUGCAUGUUGGGCCGCCGUUGAAACACAUUUAUUUGCCUAUCGAACUAUGUCGCAUUGACGAUGGACAGACAAUGAAGCGCAAGGAUACUGCUGCUCGGGUGGCGGCCAUGCUUAAGUUUGCUGCCACGUCAACCAACGAGAGGAAGGCCAAGAUCGUCCGCCUACUGGAAUAUUUCAAGCACAAUUUAGACCCGACCAUCAGCCACUUUGGCAUACGCCUGGGCACUGACUUCAUCGUCGUGAAUACACGCACGCUCAAUGCGCCUCAGAUUGAGUACAAAAACAACAAUUUGGCUUCGGUGAGGAACGGUUCGUGGCGCAUGGAUCGGAUGCAAUUCUUUGAACCCAAGCCAAAGCCACAUAAGUGGGCCAUACUCUACGGUAAGAUUAACUACCAGUAUGUGGACGAGCUUCAGAAGAUGGUUCUUCAGCAGAGUCGCACCGUCAAUCUUUGCCUGGAUACCAAAGCCGACAAACGGAAUUACAAGGACGAACGUGAACUAGAUGCUCAUUUCCACGAUUUCAAAAAAAAUCAAUUUGAUUUGGUGUUCGUUAUUAUACCAAAUGUCGGGCGCUCUUAUGAUGUCGUCAAGCAAAAGGCUGAGCUGAAGUACGGCAUUCUCACGCAAUGCCUCAAGCAAAUCACAGUCGAGCGUAAAUGCAACCCGCAGUGUAUUGGUAACGUUCUACUUAAGGUCAAUUCCAAGUUGAACGGUAUUAAUCACAAGCUAAGGGAUGACCCGCGCUGUCUGUUAAAGAACACAAUGUUUUUGGGGGCCGAUGUGACUCAUCCGUCGCCCGAUCAGUGGGAGAUGCCCAGUGUGGUGGGUGUUGCCGCCUCCCAUGAUCCAUUCGGGGCUUCAUAUAACAUGCAAUAUCGCUUGCAACGCUCUACCCUGGAGGAGAUCGAGGACAUGGAGUCGAUAACCCUGGAGCACUUGCGUGUUUAUUAUCAGUUCCGGAAAUCCUAUCCCGAGCACAUCAUCUAUUACCGUGAUGGUGUCAGCCAUGGUCAGUACCCCAAGAUCAAAAGUAAAGAGUUGAGAGGAAUUACUGCGGCCUGCUGCAAGAUGCACAUUAAACCCAAGAUUUGCUGCGUCAUUGUAGUUAAGCGGCAUCAUACGCGCUUCUUUCCGAACGGAGCUCCAUCGCAAUAUAACCAGUUGAACAAUGUCGAUCCGGGAACCGUCGUCGAUCGCACCAUUGUCCAUCCCAAUGAGAUGGAGUUCUUCAUGGUCAGCCAUCAGGCGAAUCAGGGGACGGCCAAGCCGACGCGUUACAACGUAAUUGAGAAUACGGGCAACUUGGAUAUUGAUGUACUGCAGCAAUUGACAUUCAAUCUUUGUCACAUGUUUCCUCGUUGCAACCGCGCAGUGUCUUAUCCGGCUCCGGCAUAUUUGGCACAUUUGGCUGCGGCACGUGGACGUGUCUACCUCACUGGCACCACCAUGUUCCGUUCUCCACAGGAGGAGUACGCAAAGCGUUUGAUUGUUCCAGACUUCAUGAAGACGAAUCCUAUGUACUUCGUGUAGGCAUCAGAAAACAGCUUCACUUCUGCCUAUAUGCCUAUAGUAAUUCAAUUCAAAUAUGAUUAUUCUUUGUCAAUUUUA